GCCUGAGCUGGUCCCCUUCGAGUAGGCUCGAUGAACCAGCACCGGCUAUCCACGUUCAUGUCGCGGUUAGAAUUCCCGACCUUGUGGCAGUCUUAUACGCGGCUGCCUCUGUCGUUCAAGCUCGCAGCGGUCCCGGUGCCGAAAUUAGAGGAGGAGAGGUGGGCAAUCUCGUUGGAGGACUUCGUAUCACUCAGUUUUUGCCUGCUUAACGUUGAAGUCACGUGGUCCGAGCCAGCCAACCCUGACGAUCUAGACAAGGAUAUUGAAUGGUUGAGCGUACAGGCGUGGAAAUCGGACGUGGAGGUGAGCGCUGAUCACUUCGGACCAAUCACAAAGGAAUUCCUAGUGCCUCUCGUGCAACUCCUCGACGACCUGCCCCUUGACAUCUUGUACCACAGUGACAAGAACCCAGAGACGGGUAUGUUGGAGAGGACGUUGAUGUGGCAAUUGUUGUGGACGCGCCUUUCCAACAACUACGACCCGAUCCAAUACUAUUCGUCGUCGCUCCUGUACAUGGAUCUGGACGACUUCGUCGAUCCAUUCUUCUGGGAGGUGAACGUGUCGCAAAGCAAAGGAGGGCGAAGUGCAGAAACGAGCGAGGCCUCGAAGGGGAAAGAACAUGAGAGAAGGGACGAGGAAGCGGAAAGAAAAGCAAAGGAGCGUGCAAAAGGAAAGCGUCCAAUAUCGCAGGCACCGACAGACGAUCCUUCACGAGAUCCAGAGUCACCAAAGGAGGAAGAAGAACACAAUGGCAGAACCUCAUGGGCAGAACCGAGCCGGAGAAGAGCCCGAAGCCCCUCACCCACUCCCUCCGCCCGCCCAUCCCUUCGCAUACGCAAAGAUGCGGACGAUCAGGCGACGUCCCUAGUCAUUCUCUCGCUGUCCCCUUGAUUCUCUCUCUAGAAUAACGAGACUUCAACAAUAUUGAAGUCUACUGCUUGAUCACAGGGACGAUCCCCGCCUGUGCACAAUACGAACG